AAAAAAAAAAGGUUGCUACAAAAUAGUUGUUUUGUCAAAAGCUUGGGAGUUGUAGUCCAGCUUCCAACCGGAGCCCAGGCUUCAGUGGGCUCUUUUUUAGAGGAAGUGGACUACAACUCCCACACGCCCAACUCUCCAGAUACUUUGUAAACUCUGCAAGUUGCGCGUCUGCACGGUUAUUUUAGGUAUGCAGCUCGUGCUAUCUGCUCAGCUGCGUGUGUGUGUGUGUGUGUGUGUGUGUGUGUGUUUCCUAGACAUAAAUAAAAAGCAUCGGGAUUUGAUGACAGCUCUCGAGGGGGGGUGCAUAGAUGACAUUUGGCGACCAAGGUAGCACGCGCGACCACGUAUGCUCGAGCUCGCAUGUCUUUUCUAGGAAUGCAGAGAGUCACUCCCUCAUUUUUUUAUUUUUUCCUGUCGUAUUUUUUUUUCUCUUACAUUAGAAAUCACACUGAAAUUUACAGCUGAAUUCCCACUUGACUACACUGGCCAGCAUCCAUAAGAUCCACCACACCUUGCACAGGCUGAACCUGACAGAAGACGUUGGACAGGAUAGCCACCCCUCAGCGUGUUGCUCCAGAGCCAUGCCUCCGAGGAAAAAGAGGAGACCCUCUGCAGGAGAUGACAUGUCGGCCAAGAAAAGUCGCCAAGACAGCGUUUUCAGGAAACAGGAAACGCCACAAAUCCGCGAGGAGGAGACGUUUUCCAGUAAAAGAUGUCUGGAGUGGUUCUAUGAAUAUGCAGGCUGCGAUGACGUGGUGGGUCCAGAGGGGAUGGAGAAGUUCUGUGAGGACAUCGGAGUGGAGCCGGAGAACGUGGUGAUGCUGGUUCUGGCCUGGAAGCUGGAUGCUCAGAGUAUGGGCUACUUCACCCUGCAGGAGUGGCUGAGAGGAAUGGGCUCGCUUCAGUGCGACUCCACAGAGAGGCUGAGGAACUCGCUCGACUACCUGAGAUCUGUCCUAAACGACAGCACCAGUUUUAAGCUCAUCUAUAGAUAUGCCUUCGAUUUUGCUCGGGAAAAGGAUCAGAGGAGUUUGGACUUGAACACCGCCAAGUGCAUGCUGGGUCUUCUUCUGGGGAAGACGUGGCCUCUGUUUCCUGUGUUUAAUCAGUUUCUAGAGCAAUCCAAGUACAAAGUCAUCAACAAGGACCAAUGGUGCAAUGUUUUAGAGUUCAGCAGGACAAUCAACCUGGACCUCAGCAACUACGACGAGGACGGUGCCUGGCCAGUUUUGUUGGACGAGUUUGUGGAAUGGUACAAGGAGAGACAGAUGUCAUAGGUGCACAGAAAAAAA